AUGGUUCCAUCAAAAUCAUCAUCAUCAUCGACUUGUUAUCUAAUCAAGUCACGUGUCUUCUCGUUACGUUAUCUCUCCUCCUCCGCCUACUGGUGUGUGAUAGAUUCUUCAUGGGUAAACAAAUUUUUGUUUGCUUACGGGUUCAUAGUGCGGAUAUGGGGUUGGGAUCAGAUAUCUGACGAAUCCAGUUUCUCCCUUUUCGAAUUCUGGGAUUCUGCGUUGUUGGCGUAUUUCCGUGGCUAG